AAAACCAUGGUCUCGUAUCCACGUAGAUUUUUUGGGUCCGGUGUAUGAUAAGAAAUAUUUUCUUGUUACUGAUUCACAUACAAAAUGGCUUGAAGUAUUUCAAAUGAAAAGCACUAACGCAAAAUCAGUCAUAAAAAAGUUAAGGUUUUUAUUUUCUCAUUUCGGACUUCCAGAUGUUUUAGUUUCCGAUAAUGGCCCUCCAUUUUUUUCCGCGGAAUUUGAAACGUUUUUACAAAUGAAUGGUAUCAAACACUUAUUUUCUCCGCCUUAUCAUGCUCAAAGCAACGUUAGUCCGUCAAAAAUGAUGUUUGGCAGAAAUAUUAAAACCCGUUUAGAUCUCAUUCGCCCUUCUCAAAAACUUAUUAAUGAUUUGAAAGUUCAGAGCCAGAUAGAUAAUUUCGGAGGUAAACAAAGAAAUUUUGAAUUAGGUGAAAAAGUUGUAGUGAAAGACUUUUCAAACAAGGAACCUACUUGGAUUCCAGGAGAGAUUUCCAGAAAAUCAGGAAAUGUUACUUUUGAUAUCGCUUUAGAGAAAGGGAAAAUUGUACGAAGGCAUUCCAAUCAAAUUAGAUCACGUAUGUCUGCAUCAUCUUAUACUGAUCCAACAGCCGAAGCUACUGCUGAAUUAGCGACAGAAAACCAAUGUUCUGAUUUGAUUGAAAAAUCUUCUUGUGUAUCGGAAGAUAUAUCUAUUGAUCCGGAAACUGCAAUUAUUGGAAGUGAUGCUCCCCUGGCAGCUGGAAAUAGAUAUAACCUCCGUAGCAGAAAUAAGUCCUAGGAUGUGUAAUAAAGUUGGAAAAAAAAUUGUUUAUUUAAUUGUUGGUAUGUUUUUUUUUGAUGAGUUGAAUUUAAGGGGAAAGGUAUUGUGGUAAAUUAGAAUACCACCUGCCACUGGUUAGCUAUGUAUAAAAACUGAAUGUUAUUUUGUUUUAUUAUUUUUUCUUAUGUUGGACAGGUUUUUGGGGUCCGAGGUCGAUUCUCGAGCUAUUCAAUAAAUUGUAACUGAAGUGUAUGCGUCUUAUUUAAAACAUUAAAGAUUAUUAUACAAAAACA